AUGCAUAGAGAUAUGAGGCAUUCAGGUGGUGUAGGUGAUCGUGAUAGAUUUUACAGUCACGGCAUGGAUAGCAUGAGUUCAUUGAGUAGUUUUGGCGAGGAAAGGGAAAGAGACAGAGGUUAUCAAGACCGGUUUCGGGACAGGAUCGAGCCAGGAAGGCCGAGGGUUGAGGAAAAGCUCGACUUCAAGCGGGAUCUCAAGAAGCACGAUAGCUGGGACAGAGGUCUGGAUCGCGUGGGGCGAGAUCGAAACAUGGACAGAGGCAGAGAUCUUGAAAGACGUGAAGAUAGAGGUAGGGAUAGAGGAGGCAGAGAGUUGAAUAACAGAGAGCAGAGAGAACGAGGUCGAGAGAUUAGUAGGGAACAAACGGGGAGAAGUAGAGAGCACCUUGAGAGAAGCAGAGAACGCAGGGAUAAUGAAAGAGAACGAAGGGAUCGUAGCAAAGACAGGCAAGUUUCUAGCAGAGGACCUGAGGAUGCGAAACGUAGACAUAAAGAUGAGGGUGAUGUUAUAAAGGUUCCGUCAAACAGCUUCCGUAGUGGGUAUGAAAAGACUUCCACUCCUAGAAAAGAUCCUGAUGACAGAUUAGAGCGCCUUGAAAAAAUGGUCAAGAAGCUUGUGAGGGGAGGUGGUGAUAAUAUAGUCGGUGGUGAGUCAAAACCUGGUGAGUUUAAUCCAAGAAAUAUGUCAUUUCCCACUUCAGUGUGGUUGAAUCAAAUCAAUGAAGAAUGCUUGCAGAGGAAUUUUGAUGAUAGGGAUUGUAUCAAUUAUAUUCAAAGCAAAAUGUCAGGUAUAAUCAAGGCAUGGUUUAAAACAUUGGGCAUGUAUGAUUACACUUGGUUAGAGCUAAAAAUGCUCAUCACUCGUACAUUUCCUGAUAAUGUUGAUUUUGCUCAAACCCUUCAUCUACUUGUGGAUAGAGUUAAAGUCCCAGAUGAAACGAUCACACAGUAUUAUUUCAGCAAGAUGUAUUUGCUUGAGGCAUGUAAGAUAUCAGGGGUGAAUGCAGUAUCUUGCCUUAUUGAUGGAUUAGACAAUCCAUUUUGGCAAGCUGAAGCUAGAUCCAGUAAUUUCAUGACACCUGAGAUACUUUACUCUCAGUUUCUCUGUAAUCUUCCAAAUCAUGGAAUGCAGGUACCAAUGCCAGUUUUAUCUUCGCCAGCACAACGUAUCUCAUAUGAACGAGAGCGAGACUAUAGGGAGCCUAAAGAACAUCGUAAGGAGAGAGAUAAUAUAGAGCCGACCAAUCAUAAUUCGAGAAAGUGCUAUACAUGUGGCAAAGCAGGACAUAUGGCUGCAGAGUGUAGACAUGCACCAAUUUGUUACAAUUGCAAUAAUAAGGGGCAUAUUGCUAUAAAGUGUCCUAGGAAGUAA